AUGACGGCCGGCAACGCCACGAGGCACCCGGCCCCAACCGCCGCUUCCGGCACAAGAACAAAACAAACUGUAUCACAUGUAAGACGCGCAGCCAAUCGCCUGCCUCCACCAGUGCAGGCCGCAGCCCCAUUGGCCAGCGGAUGGUAUUUCCGCUUGGCGGAGUGGCGCGGAGGAAGUUGUGCGCACAGGGAGGUGGGAGAGGUGAAGAUGGCGGCGCUGGCUGUGCGGGGCGGCAGGCUGUGCUGCGGAUGGGUGCCUGCCUUGAUGCGGGAGAGGCCUUGUCGUCUUCAGCACCAGCAAGCGGCGGUCGGGUCUGACUUGCCUAUAGAAAUGGAGAAUCCGUAUAAAGAGCCUCCUAAAAAAUGUAUCUUAUGUGGAAUAAAUGUGGACUACAAGAAUGUGCAGCUUCUGUCCCAGUUUGUUUCUCCAUACUCUGGCCGCAUUUAUGGCAGGCAUAUAACAGGCUUGUGUGAUAAGAAGCAGAAAGAAAUUUCAAAAGCCAUAAAAAGAGCUCAUAUACUUGGAUUUAUGCCAGUUAUGUAUAAGAACCCAUCAUUUCUUACAGACCCCAAGAUUUGUAAUGUUAAGUAUUGAGAGUAACAUACUGUAAAGAAAUAAAAAUAAAACAAAAUCACGCUUAAUAUUCUCUA